AUGCGAUUCAGCGAAGGCAUGCGAGGGUUUCAUCCGGUGAUACAGUAUCUGUUUAUCCCUCCUGAAGAUUUUAACCUUGCAUUGUUAACACUUGACUUGGAAUUUGUGAAGAAGGGGACUAGAAAUGAACAGAUUGAUGCUGUUCUUCUGGCCAAUCAACUUAGGAAGAGGUUUGCUAACCAGGUUAUGACAUCAGGGCAAAGAGUAACGUUUGAGUAUCAUGGAAACAACUACAUAUUUACAGUCAAUCAAGCCGUUGUGGAGGGACGAGAAGAUUCUAAUGACAUCGAGAGAGGAAUGAUUUCAAGUGACACAUUCAUUGUCUUUGAAGCAUUAAAUUCAAGUGGCAUAAAGAUUGUCAAUCAGCGUGAAGCUGCCAGUAGCAACAUCUUUAGGCAAAAGGAGUUUAAUCUUCAGUCACUAGGUAUAGGUGGUUUAAGCGCAGAGUUUGCUGAUAUAUUUCGAAGAGCUUUUGCCUCUCGUGUUUUCCCUCCUCAUGUGACAAGCAAAUUGGGGAUCAAGCAUGUAAAGGGCAUGCUGCUUUAUGGGCCUCCUGGCACUGGAAAAACUCUUAUGGCUCGCCAAAUUGGAAAAAUGUUGAAUGGAAGGGAGCCAAAGAGUAUUGUUGGUUUCCUUGUGUAUUCAGUGGAACACUACAUUUCAGGAUCUUAUAAGCCAUCCAUCUUAGUUACUGUUAAUGCUGAAUUAAUGUGUAAUUUUCUUUGUUUGGUAACACUGUGCAAGAUUAUUAAUGGCCCUGAAGUCCUAAGCAAAUUUGUUGGUGAGACUGAAAAGAAUGUUAGAGACCUGUUUGCUGAUGCUGAAAAUGAUCAAAGGGCCAAUGGGGACCAAAGCGAUUUGCAUGUAAUAAUCUUUGAUGAAAUUGAUGCCAUAUGUAAGUCAAGAGGAUCAACUAGAGAUGGUACAGGAGUCCAUGAUAGCAUUGUGAACCAGCUACUUACAAAGAUAGACGGUGUGGAGUCCCUGAACAAUGUUUUACUUAUUGGAAUGACAAACAGAAAGGAUUUGCUAGAUGAAGCACUUUUGAGGCCAGGACGAUUAGAGGUUCAAGUUGAGAUAAGCCUUCCUGAUGAAAAUGGUCGGCUGCAGAUUCUUCAAAUUCAUACGAACAAGAUGAAAGAGAAUUCUUUUCUUGCUCCCGAUGUAAAUCUUCAAGAGCUUGCUGCUCGUACAAAAAAUUACAGUGGAGCGGAACUUGAAGGUGUAGUGAAAAGUGCAGUUUCAUUUGCUUUGAAUCGACAACUAAGUCUAGAUGAUCUUACCAAGCCAGUUGAUGAAGAGAGUAUUAAAGUUACGAUGGAUGACUUCUUGCAUGCGCUCUAUGAAAUUGUUCCAGCAUUUGGAGCCUCCACUGAUGACCUUGAAAGAUGCAGACUUAAUGGUAUGGUGGACUGUGGUGAUCGACACAAGCAUAUUUAUCAGAGAGCUAUGCUACUAGUGGAACAAGUCAAAGUCAGCAAGGGAAGUCCAUUGGUUACUUGCCUUCUGGAAGGUCCAAGUGGCAGUGGUAAAACUGCUUUGGCAGCUACUGUUGGCAUUGACAGUGAUUUUCCAUAUGUCAAGAUAAUCUCAGCUGAAACAAUGAUUGGUCUCCAUGAGAGCACUAAAUGUGCACAAAUUGUUAAGGUGUUUGAGGAUGCAUACAAGUCUCCUUUGAGCAUUAUAAUUCUUGAUGACAUUGAGAGAUUAUUGGAGUAUGUUGCUAUUGGGCCUCGCUUUUCAAAUAUAAUUUCUCAGACAUUGUUGGUACUCCUCAAACGUCUUCCUCCCAAGGGAAAGAAACUUCUCGUGUUAGGGACAACAAGUGAAGUAAGCUUCUUGGAUUCAGUUGGCAUUUGUGAUGCUUUCUCUGUUACUUACCACCUUCCCACAUUGAAGACAGAUGAUGCGAAGAAGGUACUGGAACAACUCAAUGUUUUCUCUGAAGAUGAUGUCAGUGCUGCUGCAGAAGCCCUGAAUGAUGUAAGAUUAUCUGCUGAAAUGCUUAUUUUAUACUCCAUUUUGCUCCCAAAACUGAGAUCUGGUCCUGACUCUAGUGCAUCAGGGAGAUAUGAAUUGCUCUUCUAA